CUUUUCAAAGUCUACACCUAAAUCAUAUUUUGCUGGCCCUUAAUGAGGCAAUAUGAUUCUAAUUGAGAAUUCACUAUAUGCAAAUGUAAGCAUUUCUGGGCUAGGCCAAGGCUCCACUAUUUUAUGAUCCAAAAAAGGCCUUAGUUCCCUUUCAAACAAAACCACAAGUGACAUGCGCCAUGGAAAGUGUCAUGUCAAUUCAGGCACGUCAUCUGAUUCAUUUAUCUCAUUCUUAUUUCCUUGUUUAUGUCAUCACUCGUAGAUCUUUUCUUUUUUUUUUUUUUUUUUUUUUUACCCAGAUGCAAUCUCAGGAUUAAAGCAGAAUCACGCAAUAAUAUUCCUGGUGCAUUUUGAUUAAUCGGACAUGGCUUCUAUGAAUACGGAUGAGGGAGCCACACAUAAGAGAACAAAAUAACCAACACAAAUGGAUUAAAGUACCCUGCUCAGGGCAGCCAGAAAAAACAACCUGUCUCCUGUAGGUGGAUUUGCUAGCUGGAAGACAUGAUGAUGGUGGUGGUGAUUUCCUCCCCACUUUUUGUGGGUGGAUCCCUCCACGUAAUGCAAAACGCACCAUUGCGUUUGCUUUUCCUGCUUCCUACAGCCGCGUCGCAUCAGCAGUACAGAGAGCCGCAGCUCGGAGAUGUCCCUGAAGCUCUCAGCGGACAGGAGAGGAAACCCCCGCACUUUGAGCUCCUCUGGACGGUUCGGACAGCAGCGGAAAGACGGCACUUGUUCUCGGUGAAAGCUUCUUUUUGCGGGCUGAAGGAUGAACAUUCAUACGCGGGUGAAGAGCAGUAGGACCGAGCAUCACCUCGGAGCUGAGAAAGCGCACUUUGACAAGCAGCAGCUCAGCAGCAUCAGCAAAGCCAUAAACAACACAGAGACGCCUGUGAAGGAGAAACAUGCACGACGAAUCAUCUUGGGGACACACAGGGAGAAGGGAGCUUACACCUUCUGGUCGUACGCACAGGGUUUUCCUCUGGGCAGCAGCUCUAUCUUGUGCUGGAAGUUCUGCCAUGUACUGCACAAAAUCCUGCGAGAUGGCCACCACAACGUCCUUCAAGACUGCAUGCGACAUCACGGUACUCUAGCUGAAGUUGGGAAACUAUGGAGCCACCUCCAUGACAAAUAUGGACAGCUAGUGAGUCUGUAUACCAAGCUGCACUGCACAAAGAUGGAGUUUCAUGUAAAGCAUAUGGAAAUCCCACCAAACCUGGAGGUGAAGGAUGAGGUUCUGGAACGCACUGCGGGGACGGACAUUAAUAAUGUGUUCCAGCUCACAGUAGAGGUGUUCGAUUACAUGGAUGGAGAGCUGAAGCUGGCCGAGACAGUGUUGCGCCAGCUGAACGCAUCCAUGGCCGUCACCAGCCUCACAUCGGGCCAGUGUCGCCUGGCUCCGCUCAUCCAGGUUGUCCAGGACUGCAGCCAGCUCUACCACUUUAGCGUGAAGCUGCUGUUCAAGCUGCAUGCCUGUCUGCCUGCUGAUACCCUACAAGGACACCGUGACCGUUUCCGUGAGCAGUUCAACAGCCUGAAGAACUUCUUCAAUAGAGCCCGAGAGAUGGUGUAUUUUAAGAGGCUGAUCCAGAUUCCCAGGCUGCCUGAUUCUCCACCUAACUUCCUGCAUGCAGCAGCGCUGGCCAAACAUGUGAAGCUGGUGGUUGUUAUCCCUGAUAAUGAUGACCAACAAGACGAUGAUGACGAUGAACCAGAGCCACUCAUCGAGGUCAGCCAUACCCCGACAUCCAGCAUGCAGUCUCAGCCGCAGGUGGACAUUUUUGAUCAGGCAUUUGGACCUCCAAAUGGAGGCUUCGAUGAGAGGGAUCUUCAGAUUGACAGCCUGAAGUCAGAACUUGAGCUGCUAAGAACUGAAUUGGAGAAAGUGAAAACAGAGGCUCAACGCUACGUCACACAGCUCAAGUCCCAAAUCAACAGUUUGGAGGCAGAGCUGGAAGAUCAGCGCGUGCACAAACAACAUGCACUCGUGGAAAACGAGCAGUUACGCAUGGAGCUGGCGGCAACCCGCCACCGAAAUGCAGAGCAUGAGAGCUUACAGAGCACCUUCAUUGAGGCAGAGAGAAAGGCACAAGCCACUGAGCAGCGAUACAAUAAACUGAAAGAGAAACACACAGAGCUGGUGGCCAGCCAUGCUGAACUGCUCCGCAAGAGCGCAGACACUGUUAGGAUGCUGUCAGCCACCCAGCAGACUCAAGAGGAAGUGGAGAGGACCAAGCAGCAGUUGAGCUUUGAGGUGGAACGGGUCAAACAGGAUUCUGAUAUGAAGAUGGAGGAGCAGAAAUUUGAGAUGGAGCGACUGAAGAGAGAUCUGGAAGAGAAGAUGGCAGAGGUGAAGCGGGUUAAUUCGACUCUACAAAGCAGCGAGAUGACCUCAUUGGAAAUGAACAGCAAUAUGACGGCUCUGCAGGCGGAGAAGGAGCGUCUGAUGCGAUCUGUGAGAGAGAAGGAGGCGGAGCUGUCAUCUUUGCGGCAGGAGGCGCAGCUGCAGCAGUCGUCGCUUCGGCAGGAACGGGAGAGGAGCAGCAGGGAGCUGGGAGAGCUGCAGGGCAAGCUAAGGGAGAAGACUAGUGUCGAAGAGCAGAUGAAGAAGAAGCUUUUGGAGGAGCAGUUUGCUCUGCUUCAAGGCACCAUAGCAGAAGCUGAGAACAUCAUCCAAGAUGCUGUUGCCAAGCUGGAUGAUCCUUUGCACAUACGCUGCACCAGCUCUCCAGAUUAUCUCAUAAAUCGGGCAGAGGCCACGCUGAGCUCCAUCGACAAAAUGAAAAGGGGGCAUGCAGAUUAUCUGCGGAACAUGGAGGAUGCUGGCGGGCUCCUGAGGUCUCUGACCCAGUUCUCCCACUUGGCUGCGGACACGAUUGUUAAUGGCAGCGCUACGGCACACAUGGCACCCACUGACCAAGCAGAUCGAUUGACCGAGAACUGCAGAGGCUGUGCCACUCAGAGUCUCCAGUACCUAAAGGAGCUGAAAUCAAAGAACACCCUGCAGAGGGCUGAUCCGGCUUCUGUUCAAAUGAUCGUGCAGAAAAUCCUGUACCUGGGUCAGGAGCUGCGGCCGAAAGGAACGGACAUUCGUCAGGAAGAGCUGGGGGAUCUGGUGGAUAAGGAAAUGGCAGCAACAUCAGCAGCUAUUGAGCUGGCUGUACGCAGGAUUGAUGAAGUGAUGAAUCAGGCACGAAAAGACACAUCAGGAGUAAAACUGGAGGUCAAUCAAAGAAUCCUCAACAGCUGCACAGAUCUGAUGAAGGCCAUCCGCAUGCUGGUCAUAGCGUCCACAGACUUGCAGAAGGAGAUUGUUGAUAGUGGGAGGGGUGCAGCAAGCAUUAGGGAGUUCUACGCCAGAAACUCUCGCUGGACCGAGGGACUCAUCUCUGCUGCCAAGGCUGUGGGAUGGGGAGCCACGGAGUUGGUAGAGUCUGCUGAUAAGGUCGUGCUGCACACGGGUAAAUAUGAGGAACUGAUAGUAUGCUCGCAUGAGAUCGCUGCGAGUACAGCACAGCUGGUCGCUGCUUCAAAGGUUAAGGCUGACCGCAACAGUAAGAGGCUGGGCGUUCUCCAGCAGGCCUCUCGUCAAGUCAAUGAGAUGGCAGCUAAUGUGGUGGCCUCAACAAAGACGGGCCAGGGAAACCUGGAGGACAAAGAUCCUAUGGACUUCUCUGGGAUGUCUCUCAUCAAGUUGAAGAAAGAGGAAAUGGAGUCACAGGUGAAAGUACUGGAACUGGAAACUCAGCUGGAGAACGAGCGUAUGCGUUUGGGUGAGCUCAGGAAAAAACACUACAACCUGGCUGGAGUUCCUCCAGAGCAGGUUCCUGAGCGGAACGGUGACACCCCAUCACCGCUCCAGCCUGCGCCUCCUCUCAGCAUGUCCCCGAAACUCAGCAAGCCUCCCCUUGGGAGGAAACCCACACUCUCUCAAAAACCCAACAUAGCAUCUAAACCUUCGUUCAAGUAAAUGCAGAUGCAGAGAAAUGCUCCACUGCAGGAUGACCGGAUUAAGUGAAGAGACAGACAGCCUUUUUGUAAAUAUGCAGCUCUUUUUGGUUGCAUACUGACAAUCCAGCGUCAACUUUCUUCUCAUCAUUUUCCUUUACUUUUAUUCUUCUUUUCAUUCCUUGUUUGCCAAAAUCUUUCUUUUUUUUACUCAUAAUGCCUUUUAAGGAAUGCUGUGUUUAUUCCUGUUUUUCCUUAUAUUUUUAAUGUUUAAUAUUAAGAACGUUUUAUUUUAGGCAUUUUUUUUUUUUCUGUAUGACUAACAAUUUAAAAAUUAAAACUACUGCUCAUUUUUUUUAAUGUAAACUUCAAUCUAGAGCACAAUCUUAGCAACAUAUCUUGUAGAUGAACAGUCAGAUUUAAUCAUGUUUAUGGCAGCCUUAUUGCACACUCUUGGAUGACAUUGUUUUCUCACUAUACUCUCUUCUGUGUUGUUAUUUAUGUUGUUAUGGGGGUUAAAUGGAGACUGGGAAAUCGCUUAGUGUGUUUAUGUUGCAGAAGUCUGAUAUACCUCUAGCUUUGCCUUUACGUGCACAUUUGCAUUUUUUCCUUAACUGAACAAGACUGUAUCAGACGCCUUGUGUAAUACUUCACAGAUUAGGUAAAUAUUGCUUGUAAAUAUAUACAGUCUGUACAGGAGACAGCUACUUACACUACUCUUAUCUCACGAAUGUCCCUUUAAGAGGAGAAUGGAGAUACUAUGUCAAAGCAUAGCUGGACCUAAAGCUUGCACACAUGUAGGUGUCUUUAAUUAUCAAACGCUUCUUGUAGGCUGCAUAUAUAAAUUUAGGGUUAGUUGACAUGCAACUUUAAGGCUUCUCUUUAAGCCUGGGAGCGUUUUCCAACAGGGUCUUAAAAUGUAUCUUUGUUUUUCUGUCCUCACCUCUUUAAAAUGUAUUUUUACUCUCAGAUCUAUUAAUAUAUAUUUUAGCAAAGA